CUGAGACCACAAAAGGAAAGAAGCCAGUAGAGGUGAUGCAUCUUUCUAUAAAAGUUUAGAUGUUUUAACCAAUGUGGAAUGAUGUGUGGAGGGAUGAGCUCCUGGACUUUGACCCACCAGUGUGUUCUGGUGCUGUUCAUCUACUGUAUGCCAAUAUGUCAAGCCUUUCUUCCCAACUUCUGGUCACGUGUACUAACGUUGUCCUGGGAUUCAUACACACACCAGUACAUGACAGAACAGGCUAUAAUGAACAUCACAAUGGAAACUCUGAGCAGAAUGAUGGAACUUCAACAUGAUGUAGAUAUUGAGGAGCUGUAUACUGGACUUGGUCGAGGGUUUUGGCAUGCAAUGGGUGAGGUAGCAAGUGCUAAUGCUGAGAUGGAUUUCUUGAGCUCCACAUGCUCUGAUCCAGUCUACCACUUUGACUCUGAGAGAGUGGAAGGAGCCACACAGAUGCUGCGAGAGUUCUGGGGCCAGACAGUUCUGCUGACCCAGGCUAAAGAGUACCAGGGGGCCAGACGUAGCCUGGGUCAGCUUUUCCAUUCGUUACAGGACUUUUACAGUCACAGUAACUGGGUGGAGAUGGGUCAGCAAACAGUGUACCUCCACCUUCUGCACCCAGAAGAGCCUUCAGUUCCUGUAGCCUCAGAGGACACCCCUACCUGUGCAGAGUGCUACAGAUUUAGCUGUUACAGCAAUUUGUUGGAGGAAAUGAUUCAUCAGACAGAACCGCUACUGACUACUGGUUAUUUCAGCACUUACCCUGUCAAACCACCAGGAAAGUGCAGUCAUGGUGGAAUUCUGGACAGUAGUCGUCACCAAGGAGCAGAGGGAGGAAUCAACAAGGACAGCACAUCUCCACUGUUCUCCCCUCAUCACUACCUCCAUAAAGAAGCUGCCCAUCUGGCAACCACAGCAACCCUCAGAGUGCUCCAAGACCUCCGCAAUGAGGUGGGGCUCAAAAGCUUCCUCAGGCUCUUCAGUGUCCAUCAGCCCCCAGCAUUGGUCUUUGUCAUGGACACCACUGGCAGCAUGUUUGAGGAGAUCACAGCUGCCCGACUCCGAGCCCUCUCCAUAAUACAGGCCCGUGAAAAGAGCCAACGCACUAGUCUGCCUGGCACCUACAUUCUGGUGCCUUUUCAUGACCCUGGUUUUGGGCCGGUGAUGGAGACGGAUGACCCUCAUCAGUUCAUGCAAUACAUGGAGGAUCUGACGGCUCUUGGAGGUGGGGAUGAGCCAGAGAUGUGUCUCUCUGCCCUUCAGUUGGCUCUGACCCAUAGCCCUCCGCUGUCAGAGAUAUUUGUAUUCACAGACGCCUCUCCUAAAGACCGUCAUCUGCAGAGUGCAGUCCAGGCACUCAUACUAGAGAAGCAAACAAAGGUGAACUUUUUGCUUACUGAAGAUCUAAGACUCACAGGAAGAGGAAGAGGGAUGAGAAAGAGGAAACGAAGAGAAUCUUUAUCUCUUGGUAGAUUCUCUCUGUAUUCCUCUCUUUCUUCUUUGUCUGGAGGAAUGACUAUCUUCACUACAAAAAAAGACAUCCGCAAUGUGUCAGCCAUUGUGGAAGACACCACCACCUCCAGCAAGGUGACUCUGCUUCACACAGAGAGUGAAUCAGAUUCAUCAAACUCCUUCAGAGUGGAUAAAGCUGUGACGAAAGUGAUGCUGCACAUCACUGGUCAGCUCACAUAUUGUGAGCUUGUCAGUCCCUCAGAUGGGUAUCUCUCCCACCCAGACCAACAAAGGCUGUUUAUCGGUGCAAGGGGCUCUAUGAAGAGAGAGGUUGAGCUGAGGACCCCUCAUACUGCCCAGGCAGGGACAGCCAUCACCCUGACUCUGACUGUUCAGGCAGAAGACUUACCAGACUCAAAUUAUGCUGUGGUACAUCUGACAGUGAUACCCGAGGAGCCUGACAAAAUGCCUCCGGCAUGUUCUUCCCUGCAAGUGGAGUCCUCCUGCCCCUCUCUGUGCUCUCAGGGCCACUGGAAAGUCUCACUUGUAGCAAAAGACAGAGGUCACUCUGGACUGGCAUCCAUUCAGCUGGCACAAGGAGAAGGCACUCUCAUUCUGUCUGAAGUGACUAUGCAGAGAGGUGAAGAACAUUUCCCACAGAAUCAUGAAGAGAACACAGGAGCAGUACACCUUCCAUUGCUACAGCCACAAAAGGACACCUCAGAACAGCACUUUGGAACAGAAGCUGAACAUGGACGUCAAAGGCUGGACGGAGUCCAGUUAUUGAAGUGGGAUCGUCCAGUAAAUAUCAGUGAAUGGACUAAGGGGAAACCCGUAAUGAUGCGUUAUUCCUCAGGCUGCUGUGGCCCUCAUGCAGAGAUAGUGCUGUGGGAUAAAGCGGGUAAUAUGAGACGCUGUCAUCUCAAAGCCAGUCAGCAAAGGGCUUUACGAGAAAACAACAGGGCGCACAGUGGGGUAUCUAUUUCUCGACUACUUCUCAUGUUGUGGGGCCACUUAACAUGGAGUACUAUCUAUGACCAUAGAUGAAAUUUGCUUGACUUAUUAUGCAACUCUGUGUGGACACGAGAGUACAUAGCAUGCUUAAAUACUAGUACACAGAAAACAAGAAAUGUUACUCAGGGACGUUAUAUUCUAUAAAUGUUUAGGUCUUCACAGGAUAUUUGUAUUAUUCUGUCAGAAUUUUUGUACAAACAAAAACUUUUAAACAAGUAAAUCUAAUAUAAUGAUUUCAAGUUUUCACAAUUAAUAACAUGCCAAACUGAGUGUUGUGUGCAAUCCACUUUUUAUUUUAGAUGCCAUAAAACUUCUCUGUUUUUACAUGUCUGGCAUAUGUCUGUUCUUACCUCUUGGUUUUUAGUAUAAAACAAUGGUCCAGAGAAAGAAAAUGAAGGUUACAGUCCCACUG